AUGGGUGCAGUGAAGGGCGUGCAUAGUGUCACGCUCUUGAUCAAUAAAGUGACUGUGUACCUGGGUGGCUGUCGGGCAGUGACUGUGUACCUGGGUGGCUGUCAGGCAGUGACUGUGUACCUGGGUGGCUGUCGGGCAGUGACUGUGUACCUGGGUGGCUGUCAGGCAGUGACUGUGUACCUGGGUGGCUGUCGGGCAGUGAUUGUGUACCUGGGUGGCUGUCAGGCAGUGAUUGUGUACCUGGGUGGCUGUCAGGCAGUGAUUGUGUACCUGGGUGGCUGUCAGGCAGUGACUGUGUACCUGGGUGGCUGUCGGGCAGUGACUGUGUACCUGGGUGGCUGUCAGGCAGUGACUGUGUACCUGGGUGGCUGUCAGGCAGUGAUUGUGUACCUGGGUGGUUGUCAAGCAGUGACUGUGUACCUGGGUGGUUGUCGGGCAGUGACUGUGUACCUGGGUGGCUGUCGGGCAGUGACUGUGUACCUGGGUGGCUGUCAGGCAGUGACUGUGUACCUGGGUGGCUGUCAGGCAGUGAUUGUGUACCUGGGUGGCUGUCAGGCAGUGAUUGUGUACCUGGGUGGCUGUCAGGCAGUGAUUGUGUACCUGGGUGGUUGUCGGGCAGUGACUGUGUACCUGGGUGGCUGUCAGGCAGUGAUUGUGUACCUGGGUGGUUGUCGGGCAGUGACUGUGUACCUGGGUGGCUGUCAGGCAGUGACUGUGUACCUGGGUGGCUGUCAGGCAGUGACUGUGUACCUGGGUGGCUGUCAGGCAGUGACUGUGUACCUGGGUGGUUGUCAGGCAGUGACUGUGUACCUGGGUGGCUGUCAGGCAGUGAUUGUGUACCUGGGUGGCUGUCAGACAGUGAUUGUGUACCUGGGUGGCUAG